AUGGGUGACGACGAUGAUGUCAUGUCAGAGCAUAAUCACCUUCGAUUUCAGGUCCUUGAAGUAGAAGAGGUUUAUUAUCAAGAUACAGUUACAGUUAUUAACAAAGGGCUAGAGAUGCAGCUAGUCAAGAUUCUAACUGUCUUCACCUCGAUUGACCUCUCUUGCAACAAAUUCACUGGAUCAAUACCUAAGGAAAUGGGAGAUCUCAUAUCACUCUAUGUUCUCAACUUGUCUAGUAAUGCUCUAACAGGUGAAAUCCCCUCAUCUAUGGGUGACUUACAAGAUGUUGAGUCCUUGGACCUGUCAAAUAACAAGCUGAGCGGGCAAAUUCCACCACAGUUGGCAAAGCUGACUUUCCUUUCAUUCUUGAACCUCUCAAACAAUCAACUGGUGGGCAGGAUCCCAAUCAGUACUCAGUUUUCAACAUUUCCAAAAGCCUCCUUUACAGGUAACAAAAGAUUAUCGGGGCCUCCUUUGACGGUCGACAACAAAUCAGUAUCACCACCACCAACAGUGAAUGGAAGCCCUCGAAAUUGUGGACAUCAUCUUGUGAUUAAUUGGGGUAUUAUCAGUGUUGAGAUUGGUUUUACAAUUGGCUUUGGAGUUGCCAUUGGCUCACUUGUGUUGUGCAAGAGAUGGAGUAAAUGGUAUUACAAAGCUAUGUAUAACAUCCUUCUCAAGAUAUUCCCUGAGCUGGAGGAAAGAAUUGGCAUUCAUCGAAGACAUGUUAACAUAAAAUAAAGGUGGAGACGUUGAAAUGAUUAUGAGGAACAAUGCAACUGGACUCCAUGUUUUGCCUAAGGUAUUUUGAGAUCAAAGAAAUCCGAAGUGUGCUUUCUGGUUUCAUAGUUAAUUUAAUUGUGCUCUAGUUAGUCUUGGAAUAUCAUGUAUCUUUCAUAUUUUAUUUUUUGUGGCAUGUAGAAAACAUUACAUAAAUUCAAAUAUCAGCAAAUCAUUACUAACUA